CGCGAGCUUCUUGCGUCAGCCGGGGCGGGGGUGGGGGGUUUUCGGAAGCUCUACGCGUGCGGCCAGCCGGGGAAGGAAAGGCCCGGGCUCUUGCCCCGCCCUCGGGGGGCGGGAGGCGUGGCGGGGCUGGAGCCCGGCCGGCGAUCGGGGCCUGGUCGCGAAGAAGCGAGUGCCUGGGAGCCCGCAGGAGCCGCCGCCGUCAGUGCCGCCUGGUCCGCGCCGCGCCUGGGCAGCCCGCACCGGACCGCCGUCGGGGAGCCUCAAGCACGGUCCCCAGCUCAGCAUGAUGGACUUGCAGCUGCCGCCGCCGGGACUGCCGUCCCAGCAGGACAUGGAUUUGAUUGACAUACUUUGGAGGCAAGAUAUAGAUCUUGGGGUGAGUCGAGAAGUAUUUGACUUCAGUCAACGACGGAAGGAGCAUGAGCUAGAAAAACAGAAAAAACUUGAAAAGGAAAGACAAGAACAACUCAAAAAGGAGCAAGAGAAAGCCUUUUUCGCUCAAUUACAACUAGACGAAGAGACAGGUGAAUUCCUCCCAAUUCAGCCAGCCCAACAUAUCCCGUCAGAAACGAGUGGAUCUGCCAACUACUCCCAGGUUGCCCACAUUCCCAAACCAGAUGCUUUGUACUUCGAUAACUGCAUGCAGCUUUUGGCAGAGACAUUCCCGUUUGUAGAGGACAAUGAGGUUUCUUCACCUACGUUUCAAUCACUUGUUCCUGAUGUUCCCAGCCACAUCGAGAGCCCAGUCUUUACUGCGCCUAGUCAGACUCAGACAUCUGAACCUGUUGUCCUUCAGCUAAUCAGUGAUUUAGGUAAUAUGCAGCAGGACAUUGAGCAAGUUUGGGAGGAACUACUAUCCAUUCCAGAAUUACAGUGUCUUAAUAUUCAAAAUGACAAGCUGGUUGAGACUAGCACGGUUCCAAGUCCAGAAACCAAACAGGCAGACAUUGACAACAGUUACCAUUUCUACUCAUCGAUCCCUACACUGGAAAAAGAAGUAGGUAACUGCAGUCCACCUUUUCUCAAUGCUUUUGAGGAUUCCUUCAGCAGCAUCCUCACCACAGAAGACCCCAGCCAACUGACAGUGAACUCAUUAAAUUCAAAUGCCACCAUAAAUACAGAUUUUGGUGAUGAAUUUUAUUCUGCUUUCGUAGCAGAGCCCAGUAACAACAACAUGUCCUCCUCGGCUACUUUCAGCCAGUCACUCUCUGAACUUCUUUACGGGCCCAUUGAUAUUUCUGAUCUGUCACUCUGUAAAGCCUUCAAUCAGAACCACCCUGAAAGCACAGCAGAAUUCAAUGAUUCUGACUCUGGCAUUUCCCCGAACACAAGCCCCAGCCUGGCAUCACCAGAACACUCAGUGGAAUCUUCUGGCUAUGGAGACACACCACUUGGCUUUAGUGAUUCUGAAAUGGAAGAGACAGACAGUGCCCCUGGCAGUGUCCAACACAGUGGUCCUAAAACACAGCCAGUUCAGACUUCUGGGGAGACAAUUCACCCCCCCUCACCAUCUCGGGGGCACAGUGCCCCAGUAAGUGAUGCCCAGUGUGAAAACACACAAAAGAAAGAAUUGCCUGUAAGUCCUGGUCAUCGCAAAACCCCCUUCACAAAAGAUAAACAUUCAAGUCGCUUGGAGGCUCAUCUCACAAGAGAUGAGCUAAGGGCGAAAGCUCUCCAUAUCCCAUUCCCUGUAGAAAAAAUAAUUAACCUCCCUGUUGAUGACUUCAAUGAAAUGAUGUCCAAGGAACAAUUCAAUGAGGCUCAACUUGCAUUAAUUAGAGAUAUACGUAGAAGGGGUAAGAAUAAAGUGGCUGCUCAAAAUUGCAGAAAAAGAAAACUGGAAAAUAUAGUGGAACUGGAGCAAGAUUUGGAUCAUUUAAAAGAUGAAAAAGAAAAAUUGCUCAAAGAAAAAGGAGAAAAUGACAGAAACCUCCACCUACUGAAAAAACAACUAAGCACCUUAUAUCUCGAAGUCUUCAGCAUGCUCCGAGAUGAAGACGGAAAACCUUACUCUCCUAGUGAAUACUCCCUGCAGCAGACGCGAGAUGGCAAUGUAUUCCUUGUUCCCAAGAGUAAGAGGCCAGAUGUCAAGAAAACCUAGAUAUGGAAAGAUCUGACCUUUUCUGAGCUAGUGUUUUGUUUUUGGUGUUUUUUUUUUAUACUAUUAUAUAUACUAAAAGCUCCUACUGUGAUGUGAAAUGCAGAAAUAUACUUUAUAAUUCUAUGCAAAAUUAGUCAAAACUAGUGUAGAAAAUAAUACAAAACUUUAAAAGCAUUAAACUGUUCUCAGUAUGCGGAAAUCAGUUUCACUUUAACUGCAAACUUAAUUUCUUAGAACACCAUUUGGGCUAGUUUCUGUAUACCUGUAAAUACUACAAAAACUUAUUUAUACUGUUCUUAUCUCAUUUAUUACAUUCAUAGAUUUAUAUGUUUUGACAUCUGGCUAAAAGCAAAUUGUAAAACUAACCACUAUGUACUUUUUUAAUAAAUAUCAUGAACAAAAAAUGGCAUUUUUUUAUAUUAAAUUGUUUAGCUCUGGCAAAAAUAAAACUAGUUGAAAAGCUGGUACUAAUAAAGGAAUACGAUUUGUUAAA